AUACCACAAAAAGCGUACGUUCAUUAUUUAAUUGUAGUGAACGGACAUGACGUUAGCCUUGUGAAACUGCAUCAACUGCAUCUUCGAGUGGACAAUGCGGCGACCUUGCCGGCGUGGAAAGAUAAUUGUAGCGCCUCGAGAUGGACGCUUAAAUUUGAGGCCACAGCCUACAUUCGUGAUGUAAGAACGACGAUAACAUCAUGCGAUUACCCCAAACGGAGAGCAGGAGCAAGGCCGAGUGAUAGAGGCAGUGUGAUGAGCGGAUACUUCGGUAGCAUCACCCUGCCCCCGACGUUGCUGCACGAUCCCAAGUAUCCUCCAGCCAUGCGGGAGAAGGAUUCGAGUCCGAGAAAGAUGCCGGGCCAUAUAAGCCCAAAGCAAGCCAGCAUUUAUCCCUUGAGCGUCCGCGUACCGGACGUCGAGGAGCUGCCAUACGAUCUCAGUCACGGUCACGGCCGCGGCCUGUCGAGCCCGACGAAUCAGCAACAGCAUCAGCCGCACAUGAGUCCCGCGGCUAGACCACCCCAGCCGCAUCAUCAGGAGCUUGACUGCGAGCCGCUCGAUCUCCGCGUCGAUCAUAAGAAGGAGCGGCUCAGGGAUGAGAACCAGAAUGAGAUCGAGGUUUUGAAUCAGAACAGUCUGGGUGGCGGUUUGCCUUAUCACACGGUGCUCUUCCCUCAACAUCACGCGAUGCACCCGCUGGUUCUGGAGGCGAUGUACAGGUCACAUCAUCACAGCUCGCCGGUGCCCGAUCUGCCAAAGAUCCAAGUUAGAGCGCUCCCCACAAUGGUACCUCUGCCGCCUAACAGAUUCUCCUCGACUUCAUCAUCCACAUCCUCUUCGUCCUCAUCGCAACCGACUGCGAGAGACGUCAGUCCGGUUAUUGGUCAACAAUCCCAGCAUCAACAGAAUCAUCCCUCGCAACAGCAGCAACAGCCGCAGCAACAGCCGCAACAACAAAGCUCAAAUCUGCCACCUUAUUCGAUCAGCGUGCAAGCCGGUCUCAAGCCUAAGGACAGAUAUUCCUGCAAAUUUUGCGGCAAGGUCUUUCCUAGAUCGGCGAACCUGACGAGACACCUGAGGACGCACACCGGCGAGCAGCCAUACAAAUGCAAGUACUGCGAGAGGAGCUUCAGCAUCUCCAGUAACCUUCAGCGUCACGUCAGAAAUAUCCAUAACAAGGAGAAACCAUUCAAGUGUCCGCUUUGCGAGAGAUGCUUCGGCCAACAAACCAAUCUGGAUCGUCAUCUAAAGAAGCAUGACGCGGAUGGACCGACGAUAUUGGAUGAGGUUAGAUCGAGGUAUCACGGUCAAUUGCCACGGGCCGACGAUUCCUACUUCGAGGAGAUCCGCAGCUUUAUGGGAAAAAUCACCUCGCAACGACAGGGUAUACCAUAUUUCCCUAGUCUGCUGGGUCACGCAACAGAUGACUUUAGAAAUGAUAAACAGCAACUACAACUGGAGGAAAAACGAGGCGACUCGUCGUAUUUCAGCGACCGGGACAAUCUCAGUUCAAGGUCGAGCAGUACGGCCAGCAGGCCGGAGAGCGUUCAGGAAGAACAAAGGGAAGUCAAUUCGCCACCACUCUCUCCCGGCAAUAAUACUUGAAUCCUAGGGCGCGACCAUCAACAUGGUAAUCGAGUUAAGAAAGAUUUUCGUCGGUUCGUCAGGGCAUAGUGAAAUCAACAAGGAAAAAUCGGAUAUUCUUAGCAGUCGGAAUCGAUUAAGAAAACGUUGAAAAAAUUAAACUUCCAAAUGAUUCCACAACAAUAUCGUUGCGAAGAACUAUUUUGUUAAUGGUGAUCCUAGAUUAGUUUAUAACUACAUUACGAGAGAAACCAUUCUUCGUAGAAAUUCCUGUAAGCCGAAACUCAAAGCUAAACCGACGAGAUCUGUGAAGAAAAAAAAGUGAUCUAUAUUCAUAAAUCCUAAAGAUGAAAUCUUUGCUCAAGAUGGCGAGCAACAGUCGAAUCAGUUUUUUAUUCUAGAUUUUAAUAAUUACGGAUUUUGAAACAAAUUUGCAGAACGUUACAAUUGAAGAAUUAACACGUAGAUUCAAUUCGCUAUGAGAAAAGCUGAAAAUUAAAACGUGGUGCCUUGAAGAAACAUGUGCCUAAUAUACUAGGACUUAUCGUCCUUUGAUCCUGAAGAAUAGAUCCAAUCGGAUCGAUAUAAAAAGCCUUAAUAAUAAAGUUAGAUACACAAUUAACUUACACUAAAUAUCGUACAAUGCUAGAAUCUUAGACUUUAACGCGUGCUUGAGUGAGUCAGAAAGUCAUAGAGAAAUAAACGGAAUUGACCAUAAUUUAUAGAUCGAUUUAUGAAAAUGAAAGAAAAAU